AACCAAAGGAAUACUCAAAGUUGUUCAAUGUUGGUCGAGUUGACCAAAAAUUUAAUCCUUUUAGGAUUCAAAGCCAUGGCUCUUGUUGCUAUUGAAGAAGGAGAUUUGUCAACAAUCCAUUUUGAUAGUUAUGUGAAAGGAGAAAAUUUCCAAGAAGAAAUUCACCGAUUAAACCCUGACUCAAAUGUGAAGCAAGUUUCAGCAGAUGAAGUUUCUAAUAAUUUGAAACAGUUCUCAUGUAUUGUUAAAUGUGGAAUUGAAAAAUCAAAUUUUAAUGAUCUUUCUAAUACAAUAGUUAGUGUUCAAGUGAGUGGGCUUAUUGGAAGAAUAUUGACUAUUCCAAAAAGUGAAACGGAGCAAAUUCCUCAUUUUCACAGAAGCUGUUUAGAUGGUCCUAUUCUCAAUGCAAUAUUUGAGAACACUUCAUUAGAAGAAUUCUCAACUCUUGUUUCUAAUUUUAUUGACAAUAUGGAUGUCAACACCUUGUUUGAUUUAUUUACAGAAAAGAUGGAAGAAAUGGAAAAUCCAAUUGACUCAUAUGACGAGAAUGAAGUUAAAGAUCAAUUGUUAAAUUUCUAUCAUGAAAAAUUCAUUCAACACGAGAAAGUUAGAGAAACUUCCAAUUAUGCAAUGAUUUUGGAGCUGUCAAAAGAAAAGCACCCAUAUUAUUUCUUUUUUGAUCAAUUAUCUUUGGCUCCAAGCCAACUCAAAAUUCAAGAGCUAGGUCUUGAGGAUUUGAAUAUUUUAAUUGUUGGUGCUGGAGCAAUAGGUUGUGAAUUGGUAAAGAACUUGAUGGUCAUGAAUGCAUGUACUACUAGAGGUUCAAUGUACGUGACAGAUAUGGAUAGUAUUGAGUUGACAAAUCUUAAUCGUCAAUUUUUCUUCUCUCAAAGUGAUAUUGGAUCAAAGAAAUCUCAAAUAUUGAAAAAGAUGGUCAACUACUUUAAUUCAAAGGUCAAUAUUGAAUCGUUUGAAGAAAAGUUGACCAGUGACAGUGAAUCAUAUCUUAAUCAAGAUUCAUUCUGGUCUUCCAUUGACGUUGUUUUUGGUGCAGUAGAUAAUGACCAUGCAAGACAAUUCCUCUCUCACAAGUGUAAUCUUUACAAAAUUCCAUUCAUCAACUCUGGAACUCAAGGAUUUUACUCACAAAAUUCAUUCCAUCUCUACGCCUCAACAAAGCCCUUCCACAAUGAGAAUCAAAAAACAGAGGAGGAAGAAAGAGAAGAGAUCAGAACAUCCUGCACACUGAAAAGCAAUCCUGAAAAACAUGAAGAUUUAAUCAUGUGGAGUAAAAUGAAAUACGAAGAUUAUUUCACAAGAAUGGUCCCAAGAUUAUUAGAAAGGGUUGAACUUGGAAAUGUCAAUAAUCACCUCUAUGUGCUUGCACGUGAGGUGUUUAAUCAGUUAUUUGUCAGUCCAUUCCAAGAAAAUACACUUUGCAAUUUGGAUGAAUUGAAUGAAGAUAACAAGAUUCAAUAUUUCCUUAAUGAAUCGGUAGAGUUUACUCCACGUCCUGCUAAAUUGAAUUAUGAAAAGGAGAGUCACUUCUCAUUUAUGAAUACUACUAUUUAUUUACUGUACAGACAUCUUGAUAAUAAUGAUUUGAUUCCAUCAACAAGAUCUGUAUCAAGUGUUGAAUUUCCAUUCAUGCCAUUGACAAGGGAAGAAUUGCAACAAUAUGAAAAUAAGUUUCACCACCAAAUAACUAUUCCUGAAAAAAGUGAAGAGAUGACUCACUCAAAUAUGAAGGUCAAUUCACCAUUCAAACCUUUAGUAUAUGAAAAAGAUGAUGAUUUGAUGGUUCAGUUCGUUCAAGACACUUCCAAUAUUAGGGCAGAAAACUUUUUCCUUUUUGGGAGGAAACUUUGUAAGCCAAUUGAGUUUUUCAAAGCAAAGAAAAUAGCUGGAGCAAUUCAUCCAGCUCUGAUUACUACCACAUCCGUGGCAGCAUCAAUUCAAUGUUUUCAUUUACUUCAAUAUCUUCAACAGUUGAAUCAAUAUUCAAAGAAACUUUCCUAUAUCAAGUAUAAUAUCUGUUUGGAUGAUUUAGACAUUCAUUAUGAGAACAUUUCUGAUAAUAUUAAAGAAAUUCAUAUGAAAUUUACAGAUACCAUUGAGGAAUUGGUGAAGGAAGCUAGAACACUCAAUCAGGAGAUGGACACAAUUUUCAUUACAAAUUCCAAGGGAGAAACUGGUUCUUUAUUUGCUCCAUCAAUAUUCUCAGAACAUAACGAGCAAUCAUACUUGACUACUCCUCUAGCCUCUCUAUUAAAAUCGAAUGAAAAGAUGAGAAUCCUUAAUAUUUCUUCAGAACAAGAGGAAAUUACAGUUCAUCUCAUCUUGCAAUAA